AUGGUGAAGGGUAUCAAGAAAAAGAAAGCGGCUGAAGGCGAAUGCUCGUCUAUAUUUCAGCCUGAUAUGGCAAUUUUAUGCCUAAAUAAGCAAAAUGAAUGAAGAGAUGCCAAAAUAAUUGACGUGAGGCCUAAUAAUUAUUAUUUGAAUGAUCGGAAUGAAAAAAAUAUUGAGUAUUAUGUUCAUUAUGAAGGAAUUAAUAGAAGAUGAGAUGAAUGGGUCACUUAUGAAAGAAUAAAACAAUGGGAGCCAAUUUCUGCCAAACUAUCAAGAGAAAAUUUCGCAAGCUGUCCAGAGCAUGAAGGAGUGGAUGAUAAAACCUUAGAAAUCCACGAAGAAUCCACAAAGUUCAAAACAAUUGAUAAUAUCGAAAUUGGCAAAUUUCGCUGCCAAACUUGAUAUUACUCCCCUUUCCCUUCGUAUUUCCAAGACCUAGACACUCUUUAUAUAUGCGAAUUUUGCCUCAGCUUUUUUAAAUAUAAAGAAGAACUUAAAAGACACAGCCAAAUCUGCCAAUACCACCAUCCAAUGGGCAAUGAAAUCUACCGGGAACAAGAUAUAUCAAUUUUUGAGGUAGAUGGCGAAAGAAACACUAUAUAUUGUGAAAACCUAUGCUAUAUUUCUAAGCUGUUUUUAGAUCAUAAAAAUCUGACAUAUGAUGUAGAACCUUUUUUAUUUUAUGUUUUAACUGAAUAUGAUCAGUAUGGAUAUCACAUUGUUGGGUAUUUUUCUAAAGAAAAACCAGAACCACAAAAUUCCUGCAGAUAUAAUUUAUCUUGCAUUUUAGUAAUGCCUUAUGCACAAAGAAAAGGCUAUGGGAAAUUUUUAAUUAGCUUUUCUUAUGAGUUAUCUAAGAUAGAGCAAAGAAAAGGGACCCCAGAAAGGCCUUUAUCUGACUUAGGGUUUGCAUCUUAUUUUUCUUGGUGAGGGUGCGAAAUUCUGAAAUUUUUAGAAAACCAUACUGAAAAUAUUUCAAUUAAUGAUAUUUCUAAUGCAACUUAUAUUAUCCAACAAGAUGUUAUAGAUGUACUGAAAAGAUUGGAAAUUUUGAUAGAAGUUGACCAGAAAAUGAUACUUAGGGUAAAUAAACAAUUUUUGGGAAAAAUUAAGGCUGUUUUAGGAAAACCUGGAAGACAAAUUGAUAGAGAAAAAAUCCAUUGGAGUCCUUUAGGAAUGGCGAAUAAUGUAUAA